AUGGCUGAAUAUGAAAGAGAAUUUGUUUAUCUGAGCAAAUAUGCACGAGAUAUUGUACCCACUAAGAAAGAAAUAUGUAUCAGAUUUGAAGAAGGGCUAAAUGAAGAGAUUAGAAUAAUGAUAGGAGGCACUGAAAUACGAGAAUUCGUUGUUCUAUCAGAUCGUGCUCAGAAACUUGAAGAAUUAUAUAAUAGAAAGAUGCAACGAGAUAGAAAGAACAACAAAUCUUUCAAAAGAAGCACAUCUAAGUCAUUUUCUGCUUUACCAGCAAAGAAAUCUAAAGAGAAAUUUCGUCGAGCCACUUCAGCACCAGAAAGAUUGGGAAAGAGUAGACCAAGACAAUCUGAUUACAAAGUAUCUGACAGACCUGCUAUUAGCGUGAGUAGUGUUCAAAAUACCCAAAGGCCUAAAUGCCAACAUUAUGGAAGAAGUCACCCCGGUGAAUGUAAAUGUAAGUUAAGGGCUUGUUAUAAAUUUGGGGCCACUGACCACUUUAUUCGUGACUGUCCCCAACAACAAGUAGAAGAAGUUGAACAAAAGGAGAAACAGAAAAGUCCUCCUCAAAAAGGAAGACGCUCUGGUCAGAGCAGUGCUACAGGGGCUACUCGUUUAGGUAUGAAAGAUACUACUAGUCGAUUAGAAGUUAGGGCCCCUGCUCAUACUUAUGCCAUUCGAGCAAGAGAAGAAGCGAUAGCUCCAGACGGCCGUGAAUUCCCCGCUGAUUUGAUGUUGUUACCCUUCUGGGAAUUUGAUAUUAUCUUAGGCACAGACUGGUUAAUGAAACAUGAUGCGUUAGUGAAUUGUCGAGAAAAACGAAUCAGUUUAAAAUGUCAGACAGGUGAUAUUAUUUUGGUUGAGUCUGGAAAUUUGGGUGAUACUGUUAGAAUAAUUUCAUUUAUUUCUGCUCAGAAAUUAUUGCGCAAAGGAAAUGAGGCAUAUUUAGCCUAUAUUCUUGAUGCUCAGAAUUCUGAAUCAAAGUUAGAGCAAUUACCAGUUGUGAAUGAAUUCAUGGAUGUAUUUUCUGAAGAACUAUCAGGUUUACCACCCGAUAAAGAGGUUAAGUUUGUGAUAAAUGUACUUUCGGGAACAGCUCCCAUAUCAGUGACGCCAUAUAGAAUGGCUCCAGCAGAAUUAAAAGAGUUGAAGACACAGUUACAAGAGUUGUUGGACAAAGGGUUUAUCAGACUGAGUAUGUCGCCAUGGGGUACACCUAAGAAUGUUGAAUUUGUAUGGUCUGAUGAGUGUCAACGAAAUUUUGAUCAGUUGAAGAAAAUGUUGACUGAGGCUCUAGUGUUAACUCAGCCUGAAUCAGGUGUGCCGUAUGUGGUAUAUAGUGAUGCAUCUUUGAAUGGUUUAGGCUGUGUAUUGAUGCAGUCAGGAAAGGUUAUAGCAUAUGCUUCUCGGCAAUUGAAAUUACAUGAGAAGAACUACCCUACACAUAAUCUUAAGCUAGCUGCUAUUUUUUUGCUUUAA